GUGCAACAUCGUCUCCGAAGCCGUCCUGCAGGGCGCCGAAGCCAUCGCCGCCAAAGCAGCCGAGCAGGCGAAACGGUACGAUGGGCUGGCGGCGCAGUGCAAGAAUGUCUCGCCGACGCUCGAUCUCGGAUACUUCGUUCGCACCCUUCCGGUGCCGCCGAACGUGCAAAGAAUCCCGAGGAAGGCGUUCGCCCCGCCGCAGCCACCGAACGCGGCCACCCGCGGGGAGGACCCGGGCGCGGAAGAUAUGCCGGACUACGGAAUGGACCCGAUGGCACCCGCGUUUAAGGACGAGCUCGUCAUGGACAGAGGUGCCUCCAUUCAGGUGCGCCCAUCGCUGGACGCACUGCGAAGGGAAUCACAGGAAUUGGAAAUUCAAAUCAAACAACUACAGGAUUCUGUAGACGCUUUAGUUCGUACACAGCUCAGAGGCAUCGACGGCCAACAGUACAGUAAAGCGAACGAGAUGCAGGAGGAAAUCUCGAUGAAAAAAUUCGACGUACGCGCCAAGCAUAUCCAUCUCGCUGCGGUCCGCGCUCAGAAAGAGUUGUUUUUGGGUAGAAUAGAUCCCGGUUCACCUCGCGGUGAACGGAAAAUGUCUUCUUCUAGCUCUUCCUCAAUGAAGACUAAGUGGCUAAAAGCGUUCCGUAGCCUGAAACCGGCAGGUUCGGCGAACGAUAGGAAGAGCGGUAACGGUGGCCAAAACCGCUUCGACGGCACCGAUAAUCACAACCUGCAGGAGUACACCUACAAGAAGAUCACACCGUGCGAUGUUUGCUCGCAAGUUCUUAGAGGACACACCCGGCAGGGUCUGCGGUGCCGGAUAUGCAAGGUGAACGUGCACGCCGACUGCGCACCGCAGCUCCCGAAGUGCAUGGUGAAGCAGAAGAUGCUGCGCCGCCAGAAGAGCACCUCGGAGAUCGAGAACCGCGCCGCACCGGAGGUUGAGGACGAAAAGAUGCGCGCACCCGCAACCCUCACCAUGCAGCAGGCGGCCACCGGGCAGAUCGAUUCCGGUGCGAGGCGACGGCUGUUCGCCGGUUUCCGGCCAAUGUCAGGCUUCGGAAUGCUACGGCUGCGAUCGGCGCAGCAUCGAUCGAUAUCCCUUCCCGAAACCGAAGAAGAUGACAUUAUGAUAUCGACGCGCCCGUUCGGUCAACCGCUUUGCUUCGUGGUGGAAGAACCGCCACCGGAAGAGCUGCAGGCGGGCAAAAAAGAUGGCAAACGGAAGAAGUAGCCGAACCAGGGGCCACUUAUCGAAUUUCGUGCGCGAUCCGUCGGCGAACGCGAACACGAGCUACACGCAUAAAGCACCAUCACUUUCGAGUCACACCGCAAAUCCCGACGUCCUUUUAACUUUUAAUUCUGGUGCAUCGAACUGCAUCGGCCCCCCCGUUGGCGCACUCUCGCCGAUACCGGGGAUCAGAGUUUAGAGGUUUUGCUUUUGCACCCCACGCGAUGAUCCUGUUGCCGAUAAUAUAAUGUGCCCUCUCUAUAAUGUGCGAAGUUCCCUGGGCGAAAAUAAAUGCGUUCCGUGAUAAGCGAAACCCUGCGAUCCAGCCCUGGACUCCUGGCGCUGGAAUGUAGCAUUAUUUUUCUGUAGACCCCUGUUUCCUGUUAUGCACCACCGCGUGAUUAUGCUUCGGACACUGCACCAAAGCGGCAUUAGGCAUGUUUAUUUACUGCUCCGCUCAAACCGGGGCCACUGUGUUCCGGUGUGGCCCCCGGUUCGGAAGAUUUGACCGUUUGACCCCCUUUCACGCGCGGUGCUAGUUUUGCUCCCUAUGCAAAAAGCAUUAGUGUGGCGGCACCCGUCCUUCAACAAGCCCUCAAAGAACAUCGUUAGCACCGGAGUAGCGCGUUUUCCGGGGGCCGUCCAUCCCCUAGUAGCUUUCAAUCGUCGUACAACAACAAAUAAAACACCGAGUCGAGCAAAAGCAACGAAAAAAAAAACGAACAAACGGUUACCGAACGGACUGUGAUAAA